AUGGAGAAGGCGGCGGAGGAGGAGAUGGAGCUAAUCAGCCUUGCGAUUCGGAGGCUGAUGGAGGAGAACCGCAACAGAACCACCUCUCAUCGGAGCUCCGAUACCGAUACCGACGCGGACGAUAUGCAACUUCUUUCCCAAUUGCUCUCUGAGGUGGAAUCAACAAGAGAAGAACAGAGGCUUAACCACUACUCUAAGCAAGAGGAUGGGGAAAUAAUUGAGACAAACUUAGAGGCUGAAGGAGAAAAUAAUGUGGAAAGAAGUGAAAUCAAGGUUAAAACAGAGGAGAUAGUGAAAGAGCUAAAAGAAGUGAAGAAGCAAAAUUUCGUAACUCACUGCCUUGUUUCAGCAAUGAUUAUCCUCACUGUUGCUUGGCAAAUCUCUGAAGUGUCUUUCAUUUUGAAACUCAGAGAUGGGUUGUUGAGCAAUCCAUUCAAAUCCCUAGGAACAAUUCUUAAAAGAAAGACAACUUCAGCAAUACAACAUCAGAUUGAAGCUACUGAAUUGCCUCAGCUUAAUAUACCUGCCAUACCUCACGUCAGCUUACCCGACUUCGAUGAUGAUUCAUAG